AUGGACGACGAGUCGCUGCUUGCCAUCGUCGCAUUUUGCACUCUCGGGCUGCCCUGGGUGCUUGCCAUCUUCGCCGCCUGCUGGCGCUGCGCCGCCUGCUGCUGUUGCGGACCGGAGGCGGCCGCGCGUCUAAGUCGGAGCGACACGUCGCUGCCGUCGCCCAGGCCGCCGGUCGUUGCCGCCGCCGCAGGUCCGAGUCGAAGGGACGACGGAGCGCCCACGCUGGAGCCGGUCGUGGCGGAGAAGCCACCGCAGCUGGGGUACUUCCUGUAUUCCGUGGCCGGCGUCGCCGAGGAGGAGGACGGGGCAUCGGAGAAGGUUUGCGCGAUCUGCCUCGACGAGCUGGUGGACGGGAUGGAGUGCAGCAAGGUGCCGGCGUGCGGGCACGUGUACUGCCGGGACUGCAUCGCGCUGUGGAUGAGGAACCGGACCACCUGCCCGCUGUGCAGGGAGCUCAUCGUCAUCGUGCCGGGGGCAGAGCCGCUCUCGGCUGCCGAGGAGAUGGUCUAG